GUGGGGGAUAAGGAUUUGGGGAGCCGGGAAGCUCGCCAGCGACGCCGCCAUCAUCGUCCUCAUACGAGCGUAGACCACGAGACCGGCCUGAGCCCACUUAAUUCGUUUUCGACUAAGUUACUUCGAAAUUGCUGACUUUGGAACAUGGCUAAAAGUGCAGCUGUCGGGAUUGACCUGGGUACCACCUACUCAUGUGUAGGUGUGUUCCAGCAUGGAAAGGUAGAAAUCAUUGCCAAUGAUCAGGGCAACCGAACCACUCCAUCAUAUGUUGCUUUCACCGAUACAGAGCGUCUUAUUGGUGAUGCUGCCAAGAACCAAGUUGCUAUGAAUCCCAACAACACUGUAUUUGAUGCCAAGAGGCUCAUUGGUCGUAAGUUUGAAGAUCAUGUAGUGCAGUCCGACAUGAAACAUUGGCCCUUUACAGUCAUUAAUGACAGCACGAAGCCCAAAAUUCAAGUUGAUUACAAAGGAGAGACCAAAACCUUUUUCCCAGAAGAGAUCUCCUCAAUGGUGCUUAUUAAGAUGAAAGAAACUGCAGAAGCCUUUUUGGGUGGUACUGUAAAGGAUGCUGUCGUCACAGUCCCUGCCUAUUUCAAUGACUCCCAGCGUCAGGCCACCAAAGAUGCUGGUACAAUCUCUGGUCUCAAUGUGCUCCGUAUCAUCAAUGAGCCCACUGCUGCUGCCAUCGCAUAUGGGCUGGACAAGAAAGUUGGUGGAGAACGUAAUGUUCUGAUUUUUGAUUUAGGUGGUGGCACUUUUGAUGUAUCUAUUCUAACUAUUGAAGAUGGCAUUUUUGAAGUGAAGUCUACUGCUGGUGACACACAUUUAGGUGGUGAAGAUUUUGAUAACAGAAUGGUUAACCAUUUCAUUCAAGAAUUCAAGAGAAAAUACAAGAAAGAUCCUUCCGAAAACAAGCGUGCUCUACGUCGUUUACGUACUGCUUGUGAGCGUGCCAAGCGUACUCUUUCAGCCUCUGCUCAAGCUAGUGUUGAGAUUGAUUCUCUGUAUGAAGGUAUUGAUUUUUACACUUCUAUUACUCGUGCCAGGUUUGAGGAACUUUGUGGUGACUUGUUCCGUGGCACCCUUGAGCCAGUUGAGAAGUCUCUGAGAGAUGCAAAAAUGGACAAAGCCCAAAUCCAUGACAUUGUCCUUGUUGGAGGUUCCACCAGAAUUCCAAAGAUUCAGAAGCUGUUACAGGAUUUCUUCAAUGGAAAGGAGCUCAACAAAUCCAUCAAUCCUGAUGAAGCUGUAGCUUAUGGUGCAGCUGUACAGGCAGCCAUAUUGUGUGGUGACAAGUCUGAAGCAGUUCAAGAUUUGUUGCUUUUGGAUGUAACACCACUGUCUCUUGGUAUUGAAACUGCUGGUGGUGUCAUGACUGCCCUUAUAAAAAGAAACACCACCAUUCCAACCAAACAGACCCAGACCUUUACCACCUAUUCUGACAACCAGCCUGGAGUGCUCAUUCAAGUUUACGAAGGAGAACGUGCCAUGACAAAAGACAAUAACAUUUUGGGUAAGUUUGAGCUGACUGGUAUUCCCCCAGCGCCAAGGGGAGUGCCACAAAUCGAAGUAACAUUUGAUAUUGAUGCUAAUGGUAUUCUAAAUGUAUCUGCUGCUGACAAGUCCACAGGCAAAGAGAACAAGAUCACCAUCACUAAUGAUAAGGGCCGCUUGAGCAAGGAAGAGAUUGAGCGAAUGGUGCAAGAGGCCGAGAAGUACAAAGCUGACGAUGAGAAACAGCGGGAGCGUAUCUCUGCCAAGAACAACCUGGAGUCUUACUGUUUCAAUAUGAAGUCCACUGUUGAAGAUGACAAAUUCAAGGAUAAGGUUCCUGAGGAUGAUCGCAACAAGAUCAUGGAAGCCUGUAAUGAUGCCAUCAAGUGGCUCGACACUAAUCAGCUUGGGGAGAAGGAAGAAUAUGAACACAAACUGAAGGAAAUUGAACAGAUAUGUAAUCCUAUCAUCACCAAAAUGUACCAAGCAGCUGGUGGUGCUCCUCCAGGUGGUAUGCCAGGAGGUUUUCCAGGUGCCCCAGGGGCUGGUGCUGCUCCUGGUGGUGGUUCAUCAGGCCCCACAAUUGAAGAGGUCGAUUAAAUGUGCUCGACUCAUUGAAACUUCACUGUUUCCAGUCUUGGAAUAACCGAAUGUAGGAAAUUUUUAAAGUAAAUUUUAGUUUGCAAACUGAACACUGGAUGACUACAUACAUCAUUAGUGCAAUGCACCACUCACCUAGAUCAAAAAUGUUGAUGCCAACAUUAAUUCCCAAAUGUUGCACUUUGAUAUUAAGGUUACUCACAUUUUACAUAGAAUGAGUAUGAAAUCUCUUAAAGGGUGUGGGAAUGUGCCUUAUUUUGAAGUGGUUUUUAAGUGGACUCAUAGUACCAAAGAAAUUUCAUUCCAGUUAACCUUGUUCUUUUUGGAAUUAUGUUAAUUGAGCUCAUUUUAUUUUUUGUAUUUUUCUAUUAUUAAAUUUCCAUCCAUUCCUGUGAGAACCUGAGUAAUAAGAAAACCAUUAAAAGUAUUUUGAGAAAAGUGUUUAAUGAUUUGAAUUUUUAGUGUCAUUCCAACAAAAUACAUUAUACAUAAUAAA